AUGCUCACAUCCGGCUUGACCAACACCCCGCUCACCAAGUCCUUACUUGUCUAUACCAUUGCCUCUUCCAUCGCACUCUCCAUUCUUGAUGUGAAACAUCUUGCUGUCAUUCAUGUCUCUCCACACAUCUGGCCGUAUGCGCAGUUCUGGCGCGGACUUGUCUGGCAGGUAGCAGGCUUCACCAAUUCUACGGAGGCUUUAUUCGCCGCAAUGCUGGUGUACCACCUCCGUGUCAUUGAGCGGGCAUGGGGCAAGCGCAAAAUGGCCACCUUCAUUUUGACGACACUCCCUUUCACAACACUGCUCCCACCAGUUCUCCUCACCCUGGUCAUACGACCUCUGUCCUUGAACACAUUAAAUUAUCUCCCCUCUGGCCCGACAGCAACAGUCUUUGCCUUACUUGCUCAGUACUACGCGACAAUCCCGCAUACGUAUCGGUAUCGCAUCGGUACGACGUCAUCCUCGUCUACCGUCGACACUAGCACUCCAGCUAGCGCAGAUGACACCAACGAUGAUACAUCGGCUACUACCUCGACACCGAAACCAUCGCCACCCAGCCUAACCCUUCUCCUGUCCGAUAAAUCCACAACAUAUCUCGUUGCUGCUCAGCUCGCCCUCUCCCAGUUCCCUGCGAUGCUCUUGCCCUCCAUUGUCGGCUGGAUCGUGGGUAUGGCCUGGCGCGCAGAGAUCUUUCCGGGUCUAUCGCCUUCUCCAGCAGGUUUCCGAAUUCCUGCAUGGUUAGUUGGGGAACGCGAAAGACGAAGUGGCAGCGGAGCUGCGGGUGGGAACAGUGCCGGCGAACGUGAACGGUAUGAAGAUUUAAGGCGCAGACUAGAGGGAGAGGCAGCUGCUUCUACCUCCGGGCUGGAAGGUGCUGCUGGGCAGAGACGGAGAACUGCGACUGGGAACGGCACGGACAUGGAUGACGGUCCCAGUCGAGUCCAGAGUGGCAAUGGAGGCCUCAUGGAGAGGCUGCGGGGUGCUUGGUGA